UGAAAAAAGAAGAUAAAGAUCACUUGCUCACUGAGUCAUUUCCAGGAAAGGAAACUCCCAGUGGCUGAAAACUGAGAAAGCGAAACUUAAUUCGUGUGAGGGAGCCAUGGCUGCUUCUGGGGAUCUCAUCCAGUGUCUCCGUGACGAAGCCACUUGCUCCAUCUGCCAGGAUUACUUCAAGGAUCCAGUGACCAGCCCAGAGUGUGGGCACAACUUCUGCCGAUCCUGCCUGAUCAAGUGCCGGGGGGAAUCGGGGGCAGAGGCUUUCUGCCCUCACUGCAGAAAAGCAGUUCAGAGAAGGAGCCUCAUCCCCAACCGGAAAUUGGCAAACUUCGUGGAAAUCAUGAAGAAUCCCAGUGUUCAAGGUGUGAAAGAAGAAGAAAGAAAAGGAGGAGUCUGCGAGGAGCACCAGGAGCCCCUGAUGCUCUUCUGCAAAGUCCAUGAAGACCCCAUCUGUGUGGAGUGUAAGAAAUCAAAGGAACAUGAAAAUCACAAGGUGAUUCCUCUGAAGGAGGCUUCUGAAGAUUACAAGGGAGAGAUCUGUCGCCGCCUGGAGAUUCUGAGAAAAGAGAGAGAAGAAAUGCUGGCCUUUCAAGCAGACCUGAACAAGGAAAGCAAAGACCUCCUUAAAUUAACAGAAACUGGGAAGCUGGAGACUGUGGAGAAGUUCAAAGAACUGCACCAGUUCCUGGAAGAACAAGAAAAACAACGGCUGACUCAUGUGGAAGAGGUGGAGAAGGAGAUUGCAGGGAGAAGGGAGGAGCAGCUGGCCAGACGCUCCAGGAAACUCUCCUCUCUUGAGAGGAUCAUCCAGGAGAUGGAGGAAAAGGGUCAGCAGCCAGCGAGUGAACUCCUGCAGGAUGUGAGAAGAACCUUUCAGAGGUAUGAGAAAAGAGAGAGUCCAGAGAAGCAACUGCCUUUCUCUUCAGAACUGAAGAACAGGAUCUUGGAAUCCUUUGAUAUGAAUCACCUUGUGGAGGAUACAAUGAAACAAUGGAAAGGUAAUGAAAAAUGGCUGCAAGAAUUUCACACUGGGAAUUCUAUUACUUCAGAACUGAACAUGCCAGGCUCUUAUUGCAUAGAAUUGUGUAACCCCAGGAUACCUUCCUUCUUGGUGCUCCGACCUUCAUUUCCUGUCCCACAGAAUGGCCCAUUGAAAACUCAGAAAGUGAAACUUAACUCGUGUGAGGGAGCCAUGGCCGCUGCAGGGGGUCACAUCCAGCGUCUUUGUGAUGAAGCCACUUGCUCCAUCUGCCUGGAUUACUUCAAGGAUCCAGUGACCAGCCCAGAGUGUGGGCACAACUUCUGCCGAUCCUGCCUGAUCCAGUACUGGGGGGAAUCGGAGGCAGAGGCUUCCUGCCCUCAGUGCAGACAAAGAGUCCAGAGUAGGAGCCUCAUCCCCAAUCGGCAACUGGCUAACAUGGUAGAAUUAAUCGAGAAUCUCAGCGUUCAAGAGGGAAAGGGAGACGGAGUCGUCUGCAAGGAGCACAAGGAGCCCCUGAAGCUCUUCUGCAAAGUCCACGAAGCCCCCAUCUGCCUGGUGUGUGACAGAUCAAAGGAACAUGAAAAUCACAAGGUGAUUCCUCUGGAGGAGGCUUCUGAGGAGUACAAGGGAGAGAUCUGUCGCCACCUGGAGAUUCUGAGGAAAGAGAGAGAGGAAAUUCUGGCCUAUCAAGCAAAUCUGGACAAGGAAAGCAAAGACCUCCUUAAAUUAACAGAAACGGAGAGGCUGAAGACUGUGGAGAAGUUCAAAGAACUCCGCCAGUUCCUGGAAGAACAGGAAAAACGUCUGCUGAAUCAUGUGGAAGAGGUGGAGAAGCAGAUUGUAGGGAAAAGGGAUGAGCAGCUGGCCAGACUCUCCAGGAAACUCUCCUCCCUUGAAAGGAUCAUCCAGGAGAUGGAGGAAAAGGGUCAGAAGCCAGCGAGUGAACUCCUGCAGGAUGUGAGAAGCACCUUGCAGAGGUAUGAGAAAAGAGAGAGUCCAGAGAAGCCACUGCCUUUCCCUCCAGAACUGAGGAACAGGAUCUUGGAAUCCUUUGAUAUAAAUCACCUUGGGGAGGAUACAAUGAAACAAUGGAAAGAUGCUCUGUUAUACAGAAAGUCGAUUCAGAAAGCCAAUGUGACUCUGGAUCCAGACACAGCCCAUCGUUGGCUCAUCCUGUCGGAGGAUCGGAAAAGCCUGAGAAGGGGAGACGAAGAUCAAGACCUGCCCAACAAUCCUGAGAGAUUCAACUAUCGGCCUUGUGUGUUGGGACGUGAGGAAUUCACAGCAGGCAGACAUUUCUGGGAAGUCAAUGUGGAAAGUGGGGAAUGGUGGGAUGUGGGGGUCGCCAGGAAGUCAGUGACGAGAAAGGGCUUCUUCUCCUUAAGGCCCGAGGAGGGGAUCUGGGCUGUUGGGAAUAGGGCAGAUGAAUACUUGGCCUUCACCUCCCCUGAUGACUCUUGUCUGUCCCUGAGGACGAAGCCCAGGAGGAUCCGGGUGACUCUGGACUAUGAAGGGGGACGUGUGUCUUUUUAUGACUCUGACUCAGGAGCCGAACUCUACACGUUCUCAGGAGCCUCGUUCUCAGGAGAGACCCUCCUCCCUUUCUUUUGUCUGUGGGGAAAGAAAACCCCCCUCAGAAUCUCUUGAGGAGACUAAAUCUGCCUCUCAGGCCCAGCAGGAGUUUCCCUCCAGACCAGAGUGAGCGAUAUAUAAAACAUUUACAGGCCAAGACCACGUUGGGCAGUUUUUCAAGGGGACCUUUGAGAGGAUUCAUUCCAGUCAAAAUCAGCAGAACUAACAAAACCAAAAUGGAUUUGCUCUUGCUUUGCAUGUUCUUUUCCCCAGAAUUCCCUCUGCAGCUUACUUCUUAAAGAGACUGUCACACUUUUAGGAGUCCUAAUAAAUUUCCUCACCUUCAA